GACUACUAUUCCCGGCGAGUUCCGGGCUGGGCGGCUUAGGGCGGAGCAGCAACAUGGCGGCCUCCGGAGCUGGCGACCCUCUGAAUGCUAAGGAUGGAAAUGCCCCGUUCGCUCAGCGCAUCGACCCAUCGCGGGACAAAUUGACCCCCGCGCAACUGCAGUUUAUGCGGCAGGUGCAGCUUUCCCAGUGGCAGAAAACACUGCCACAGCGGCGGACCCGGAACAUCGUGACCGGCCUGGGCAUCGGGGCCGUGGUAUUAGCUAUUUAUGGUUACACCUUCUAUUCAGUGGCUCAGGAACGUUUCCUUGAUGAGCUGGAAGAUGAAGCCAAAGCAGCCCGAGCCCGAGCUCUUGAGAGGGAAAGAGCGGCAGGACCCUAACUGUACGGACCAUCUUCAAACUGCUGGAGCCCCUGUACAUGUUAUAUGACGCCUGGGUGAGCUCACAACAUCGCUGGUGUACUAACUUCGGACGAUGGUUGAGCCCAAGAAGCCAAAGACUGUGCAUUUGGCCACUGCCAAAGGGGCUUACGCAUUUUACAGGCAGUUUGUACAGUUACUCAGCCUUCUUAUUUCCUUGUUUGAGAGGUAUGCGACCUUGCCUUUCCCCAAACUUUGUGGUUUACCCCUUCACCUCCCAGGGGCCCAACUGUUAAGGGGGAGGGUGUGGCGUAUCUGCAGAGUUGGAACCUAAAGUGGGAAAGAUAGGGUCAAAUUAAGAGUAAUAAAAUGAGUCAUCUCUCCUGAA